CCAGGUGACCCCAGGGGAUGCCGUUCCUUAAAAAAGCUCGACUCAACCUGCCCCGCUCCACAGUCUUGGAUAACAGAGCAAAGAAAUCCGGGCUUCGCGGAACGGUAUUUUCUGUCAAUGGCGAUAACUACACUGGGGAGUGGCUGGACAAUAAGAAACACGGUUGGGGCACCCAAGAGUGGAAGUCAUCCGGUGCGAUUUACAAUGGCGAGUGGAAAUUUGGGAAACACGACGGCUACGGCAUCUUCAGUGUACUCCGACCGGACACCAAGAAGUACAUAACGCAGUACUGUGGAGAGUGGAAAAAUGGCAUGAAACACGGCCACGGUUCCUUCUUUGAUGUGCACGCGACGUAUGAGGGCGAGUGGAGCGAGGACAAUCGCAGCGGCUGGGGGAGACUCACCUAUAAGUGUGGGGAUCUCUACGAGGGCGAGUGGCUUUGGGAUAAGGAAGACGGAACAGGCGUUAUUCAAUUUGGUAAGCUUUUUAAUUCAUUGCGGCCAAAUGACUUGAAAGGUCUAACUUUUGAACUCCGUCGAAGCCCUAACGGGAACUGGUAUGAAGGAUGCUGGAAGGGCGGCAAGAAAAACGGUCAUGGAAAGUUCUACUACGCUGACAAAGGUCUCAUUUACGAAGGCCUUUGGGUCAACGGCGAUGCAAAAUGUGGGACUCUGUCUGAUUCUGGGAGAGAGACGGCGCCGUACCCCACCAAGUAUCCAAUUCCACAGGUAACACUACUGGACAUUCAAAGGGUGUUAAGGGACGCUGAGUCAGUAUACGUGGAUGAAAGCUGAUGGGAAAUGACCUUGCUCCAGCGAAACACUUGUAAUCAUUUGAGUUCAUGGACAAAGGGAUCAAAACAACGGCCAUUGCACAGACAAGAACUGAAAAAUGGAGGAUAUGCAUUUGGCCUUUUGUCGCAGUAACGGAUUAUUUGGACUCACCUUCUGUGUUUGAGUGUGUGGCAGGAUUUUAGCCCAUGUAGAAGAAUUUUGCGGUGAACGUGAACGCCUUGCCGGCUCGUCCUUCCGACCAAAUUUAUCUUGCGAUGCCUGCACGAACCUUUGUGCACUUUGUGAGCCGUGCUUCUAAAGAAAAGGACAUGACCAAAAACUUUCUCAUAAAAGUCGAAAGCAUCGCUGUGUCUGAAAUGUACUUGAGGGGCCGACCCAG